UAUUAUAAAUGCUUCGCCUUAAACUGGUUUCUCAUGAACUACAUCCUGUACACAGGAGUGACAAGCUUCGAUGGAUGUGUACCCUCACUCCUAACCGGCGCACACGCUUUAUGUCUACUAGUGCCCACCAACCAGACUCUCCCCAGGUGCAGUGCAUUCAGUCAUACUCAUCCCAGGAACCAGAUGAACUCUCCAUUGAGAUGGCUGAUGUCUUGAACCUCCUAGAGAGAACAAACGAUGGCUGGAUGAUGGGUGAAAGGCUCCAUGAUGGAGAAAGGGGCUGGUUCCCUAGUCGAGUUGUAGAGGAGAUCCAGAGCAAGGAGCUCCGGGCUCAAAACCUGAGAGAGGCCUUCAGGAUCCAGCAAGCCCAGGAAGGUGGAGGAGCAGCGCAAACUGGAGCCAGAAGUGGUAUAAGGGCGGGGAGACGCACCGGAAGGGUCUCCAAUCAUUCCAAUUCUUGAAUUGAUCAAAUGGGGGAGAAGCAAUAUUCUUCAAGCAGUAAAGCGGGAAGAAUGUCACCGUUCAGGGCUAAAUGCAUUAAAAGAAACAAUCAGGAUACAUGUUACUUAAAUCCCUUACAAUGUCCCCUUGUCCUUUUGAUUUGACUUGAUGGUUUUAAAAAUCCAAAUGAUCAAAGCGCUUGGGUCGAUAACCAUGUACAAGCCAUGCUGCAUGUCUAAUAUAAACGUGUGCUACAGGUGUUAUUCAGCCCCAGACACUGGAGUGUAAUGCAUGAAGCAAAGAUCUGUAUUUGGUAAGGAGCUACGUUUGGAGAUGGAAAUAAUCCCAGCAGGUCUUGCAAAAGUACUGUAAUCAUCCCUCAGCUGCAUGGGCAAGUUGAACUAUUUUACAUGUGUUCAUUUCAUUGUAAAAAAACAUCUUUGCACUCGGGAUUCUACCCCAAAACACAAACCUUCAAAUGUACGAUUGCCCAAAGAACUCAAUGCACUGCAACUUAAGAAAAACACAUGCGAUUAAAACACAACACAAUGCAAUACAAAAACAUGCUGCAAAAUUCUAAAACAAAACAAAAUACAUGAAGUGCAUUGAGUUUUCAGGUCCACCGUAAAAGUUUCACAUACAAAUUAUUAUUUAAAAGAGUCAGCUGAAGUGAUACUCCACCCAAAACCCUUUAUGAAUACGAAACACUGGCUACAGCCAGACAUGAUGCUGGCUUUGAAUUUUUCAGCUGUGGAGCAGGAUGGAUCCAAACUCAUAGGAAACUUAGAACAGAUACAAGGUUUGGUCAAGACAAGACAAGACAAGGCAGAACAGAACAGAACCGAAAACCAGCCUUAAAUACAACCACAACUAAUCAGGGGAUACAUUGCAGGUGUACCAAUGGUCACGUGAUUGCAGGGCUAAUGGUGAACAGAUGGAACUAAUAUGGCAGACGGGAAAACACCCAAAGACAGGAAGUAAAAACAGACAA